CGAUCUCCUUUUCAGCCGCGGUCUGUUUCACCCUUAUUUUCCGUCGUAUUGUUGCCUUCAAAGCUCCCCUCAAAGGCGAAUGAAACCAAGAAAUUCCUGGCCGAAUGUGCUAAGUUCAUUCCAAUAACUCUGUAGAACAAUGACAUUCUAAUAAUAAGUUGAAAAUGAGAAAAUGAAAAAUAUUAGGCAGUUUAAAUUAGUUUCUAAUCUGUGAUUGGAUGAUAUAUAAGUGCAUGCUUGACCAGCAAACAUGGAAGAAUGUAAAGACGUAAAGGACAUGCGGACAGAGAAUGAACGGAACAAUGGCCCUUUAGUUUCAUCCACGAUGGAUUUUCUCUCGACUAGAGGGGCAGACGGUCUAGGCGGACCAGAACUACAAAACGACUAACAUCACUUUCACACUCCGUCACUGCCAAGCAGACUGCCAAAUUUUCGACUGCCUCUAGGACCGUUCGAUGAGAAAACUGAAGCAAUGACAAAUACUUUAAUCUUUAUAGCAAUCCCUUGCUUGUGUGUUGUGAUAACCAGUGUCUCCGCUCAAGAUGCUCAAGCUGUCUCUCAGAAAGGGGACGCAAAACGAGAGGACCACUGCAACAAGACUGUGGAUAUAUACGAGGACGUCUCGAGCCCACCUCUGACCCCCGAAAAUAUGGGGAAACCGAUGACGUGCUCGUAUAAGUUCCGCUCAUUCCGUGGCACGCCCAAGGACUGGAUCCUCCGCAUCCGCUUCAAGAAAUUCAAGGUCGGCACCCUCCUCAACGCCUCUCAUUGCCACGGUGGAUACAUGCAGAUCAUCGACGGGAACGCGCGGACGGAUCUGAGCAACCGGAAGGAGCCGGGCCUGUUCUGCGGGGAGAUCGAGCACCCACAGACGUUCAUCUCGGAGACGAGCUUCGUGAAGGUGGUGUUCCACGCGGAGAACUUCACCGACCAGACCUACUUCAGCUUCGACUCCAGGGCCGAGCAGCAGUUCGAGGUCUACCUCCGCUACGGACAACACCCGGAGCUCUACCCCAACCGCCGUGGACAGGUCGUCGCCGGGUCGUACUGCAAUCGGGUGUACACUGACUGUCGGCUGCAAACAUGCUACGUUCAGAGUCCGGCCUACCCGGGUAUUUAUCCACGACACCUUCAGUGCACUUACCGACUCAACACCCGGCUGCCCUUCAUCAAACUCUACAUCGAGAAUGAAGAGUUCAACAUCGAUGGCCAACGCUGCGAGAACAUCAUGGUCUGUCCUAUGCGACCCAUCUCCUCCGGAUCAGACCAUUGCCCAUAUGACUAUAUUCGAAUAUACGACGGGAAAGAUGCGACAAGUCCGGUGAUAGGAACAUUCUGCGGCAUGGGGAAAUUCCCAUACUCUAUCAUCGGCACCACAGAAGACAUUUUCGUCGAGUUCGUUAGCUCGCCUGCAGGUCCGUUACUGAGCACAGGAUUCCACUUCAACGUAGGGAACUGGCCUGGACACAUCGAGACAGCCGGAACGAAGAAUGGGACCUGCAACUGGAUCCUGAGUAACGAGGACUUGCUCAAGUCCGGUGACUCCGAAGGGAUUUUCCUCUCCAUCGCUCACUGGUACCCCCCGCACACCACCUGCACCUACCUCCUCAAAGGCAGACCAGAACAAAUCGUCAGAAUUUACUUCCCCAGUUUUAGGAUAAAUACGAUCGAGUCCCCGAUCGUGCCUUUCGACGGCGACUGUGGAGAGUCCCUGACACUGUACGACGCGAGCUGGGCCGAUGACGCCCGCAUCAUCAAGACCUUCUGCGACACGUUCUCCAAGCCGAUGGAAAAGCACGACUUCGUCUCAACCGGCCCAGCCAUCUUCGUCCGAUUUGAAAGCAAGACCGGAAGUUAUUCUGGCUCUUCUCUGUACUACUGGGCGCACUACGACUUCUUCAACAACACGCGCUUCGGGGUGCCGACGGGGAGCAGCGUCUGUGACGAGGAGUUUGUCAGUUGGAAGACGAGCAAGGGAAGCCUCCGCUCGCCGCUCAACACGCUCGUCUACAAGCAGGCCCCGGACGCCACCGUAGCCGAGGCCAUCAAGUGCCGAUACAAGUUCCUCACCGACCGGAGACUUUACGCCCGCAUCCUCCUUACUGUCAAUUCCAUCGGUUUUAAGGAGCACCCGUUCAACAACGCGCCGUGCAUGAGCUGCUGGGAGGACAAGCUGGACAAACUAGUGAUCUGGGAGCCGGCCUCAAUGCGCAACUCCUCGGCGACACCUCGGACCGGCCUCGGGGAUGGCAAGUGCAUCUGCCGCACCCCCAACACGAUCCGUCUCAAGACCGGGCCCGGCCAUCCACCUUCUCGACCCAUCAUGACGUUGAUCUCCACGACUGAGCAACUGUACCUUGAGAUGGCCGUUGAGGCCUCUCACGCCGCCUCCAGCUACUUCAAGUACGACGCGCCCCUCUUCGAGGCCAGCUAUGAAUUCGUUCAUGGACCACUGUGCGGGCCUACGCUUUUACCCAUGGCCGAAGCUGGGGAAAUCAACUACCCGAACUUCGAGGCGCUGGGCUACACGCGGCUGCCGCGGGCGGUGCACUGUAUCUGGGAGCUCCGGGUGACCCCCGGGCGAGACGUGUGGCUUCACGCUGAAAAGAUCUCCUUCAUCACCAAAGACUGCCGCGAUGGGCACCUGGCCGUCUACCUGCCCUCGAACCCGGACCGGCCGUUCAUCUCCGUCUGCGGCCACAACGUGAGCGCCCUCCAGGAGAUGCCCGCCUUCGGGGAGGCCCACCUCACCCCCUCGGCCGAGGCCACCGUCGGCCACAUCCCACCGCAGACCGUCCAGAUCCAAUUCGUCGGACCCACCACCCCCGCACACACGGCCAUCAAGAUCUACUGGACGGAAUCAUUCAGGCUGCCCCGGAACCCGGAUGGUUCGGUGAUGACCUCUCGGUUGAUCGACGACUCGCCGGCGGCGGAGGGCACCGUGGAGGGCUGCGCCUUCGAGUGCCCGUACACCUCCUACUUCUGCAUCCCCAAGCGGCUCGUCUGCGACGGGGCAGUCAACUGCCCGCCGGCGCCACCGGGGAGUGGCACCAACGCCACGUGGUCGGCCGACGAGGACCCGCAGCUCUGCGCCACCAAGACCUCCACCCAGCUCGAUUACUACAAACUCGGGGUCCGCGCCGGCUCCGGCCUCCUCCUCACCCUCGCCCUCCUCUGCGUCAUCCAGAGGUACUUCUGUUGCUGCUGCUCUUGCUGCUGCUGCUCCAAGAGACGACGAAAGGAGCUCGCCUAUUAGACUUUCUCCUGUACGAGAAUAAAUUUAGAAGGAUUAGCAUGAUACAGAGGACUGCUUGUUGAAAUUGGUAGACGAAGGGAUGAACAAAGAAGGAAUAAAGAAUAAGGAGGGAUCAGGGACAAGAGACCCUCCACUGGCCCCUCGGUGACAGGUGGAAGCUUUUACUUUCGGGGAUUCAACAAUCCCUUAUGGACUAUUAUACAGGAGCAACUAUAAUCACUCUUAUUUCGGCUGUUGACCUACCUACAUGGUGGAUGAUAAGUUUCGGGUGACGUCAUAAGCC